AUGAGUUAACGCCGGGGAUUUUGUAAGCAUACGGGUUUUUUGAACCUUCAUGUCCAAACAUAAUAACACAGUAAAUCUCACUUUACACGACAGCGUCAUCACCAGGUGGUAUCGGUGAAUUUUCGAAUUUCACUACAUCUAUUCACUACAGAAAAUUCGGGUAUAGUUUUGCUUACAUCUGGGUAUUCUUCGGCUAGCUAAACCUGUCAAUUUCCGCGGUAUUAAUACAUAGGUCUUCCGAACUAACAUUAUUUUGGUUGGUAGUCGCGCCUGGUGUCAUAGUUAUCUAGGCUUGCUACAGAAAACAAUACGUAUAUAAACAUUUAUUUAUUAUUAGUUUUUGCAUCAAAAAUCAUCGAAAUAAAAAUAUAGCUAGUUUUCACAGAACCUUAAGACCUUUUUUAUUUCAUUUAAAAUACACGUGUAUAAUUGUAAUUUUGCAUACUAUAAUUUCAUUAAUAAAUCAUCAUUGGCUAUUGUUAAUAUUCAACAUAAGUAGGUAACGUGUGUCAAAAUACAAAUAUGAGUUCUGUCAUUUGCUUAACUUUAUACCUUGCUUAUAAAAAUUUUAUCAGAGUUAGCUUUUAAUCUACAAAAAUAUAUAUUUUAUUCACACAUCACUACAGUUGGUUGACUUUCUUACUUCAUAAUACAUUUAUAAUUUCUAAAAAUAACGUUCGAGGAAAGUUUACUUUUGGAAUGUUGUGAUAUAUAUUGACAGGAAAGCCUAUAAUAUACUAUUAUCUACACUACUAACAUAAAAAUACAGUUGUAGAAUUUGAAAAUUAUAUUUAUAUACUAACAUGGGCAUAUUCUAUUAGAAAUGUAUAUAUUAUUUCGAAAUAUAUGUGUACAGUGUACACUUAGAGUUAUAAUGUAUGAAUAAAUAACGAUCAACAUUUUUUGCGAAUACAAUAAUUUAUAGUAAUACUUCAGUUUUGGAAUCAAACAUUAUCGAAAUGACGACAGUUUUUCACAUUAAUUUAAGAUCUAUUUUAGUUUUAACCAAGUGUAUGGGUUUAAUGGACAAUUCAUAUUUUUUGGAACCAACUGGAUUAUUAGUUCGGAAAAUAAAUUCAAGGUUCAAUAUAUUUUUAGAAAUAUCACGGAUGUUUUUGUUGUUGGUAUGCACUUACGUAUACUUUCAUCAACUUGAUCCAGAAUUUCAUAUAUUUCAAUACAUAAGUGUAAUUAAAUUUUGGAAUAUUAUUAUCGCAGCUAGAGUAUCAACACUAUGGACAAUCAAAUAUAUUAAUGGCAUCAUCGAAUUCGAUCGAAAACUUAUACCAUUUUUAACCAAUUUUUCAAUCCCAAUGCAUUCAUUAAAAAAAAAAGAUUGGGACAAGAUUUAUAUUUCUUUAUUUUCAUACUUGAUUGUAUUUAAAAUCUUACAAGGAUAUUGCUUUCCCAUAAAGUCGAUAAACAUCAAUACAUUGAUAAUCAGUUUAUUCACUCCGCCGUAUGUUAUGGACUACAUAGUUACAAUAUCUUCGUGUUUCUUUCUCCAAAACCUCUACGUCAGAUUUCAGUCAUUAAAUGAUUUGUGGAAGUGUCUUCCGCCUAAAUUAGUCGCUGUACCCGGCCAAUGGACAAACAUCGAAAUAGUGGUUUUGAUGGAAAACACGCGGCUGAUGCACACCGAACUCUGCGAAUUGCUAAACUAUUUUACUCGAGGUUACGGCCCAUUGCUGCUCGGGUUCUACACAUUCAGCUUUAUCACUAUGCUUAUUGGUAUUUAUUUUAUUGUUAACGAUGGUCCAUUAACCGCUGUAGGUUCAAUCGAAAAGCACCGAGCAUUAAUUCCACUUUUAGUUCAUCUACAAUUGUUCGCGUUUAUGGUAUCUAUUAUCAUUUUUGUUUCAUCUGUAAACGAUAAGCGAAUGAAGAUGAUAUCAUAUCUACGAUUAUACCAAAUAUCAAAUUUACAACCGGACAUAAAGCAACAAAUUAAAAUGUUUAUGGAACAAAUAUCAGCCAAUGAAUUGGACCGAAUUACGGCGUUUGGUUUUUUUGAUAUCGAUUUAAAUCUUGUUACAUCAAUACUUGUCCUAUUGAUAACUGGAAUAUCGACAAUGAUUCAAAUGAAAGAUCACCCAAUAAUAUUACAAUUGAACUAUGAAACUAAAUCGUUCUUGGUAAAAGUAUUUGAAUAACGUCAUCAUUUACAUCAUUUAUAAAUGGUCGAAUAUAAGUUUUCAAAGGAGACACAGUACCUACUUAAUUAUUACUAAUACGCGUGUAAGUUCUUACACAAAAAAUACAUGCAUUUGUAAGUUUUUAUGAAAAAAUUAAAAUAUUUAGUAUUUA